AUGAGUAGCAAUAGUAAAAAGAACUCUUCAAAACCAGAAGAGGAAUACGAGGAUGUUGGAUAUUUUUGUGGCUGUUUUAGAAAGAAGAGUAAGAUGGAGCCGAGUAAAACCAUGCAAAUUUCUAAGGUUCGGCACUCCAUGAAUAGAUCUGAUUUGGAUGGGAGUAAACAUUAUGCUUCUUCUUAAUUGAACUUAUUAAAUUCAACUAAUUCAGAAUCCCAAAGAAAAGUAAGUGUUGCAUCUCCAAUAGUUAGUAGUUUUGCAAUCACAACUUUUGAAAACAAUUAUUUGCAAAAUUAGUUAUUCUUGCUAAGAAAUAAUUAAAGUGGAGAAUCUAUAUUUGCCAAGAUAACUCAAAUUGAUUUGCAAUCAAAGAAAAUGCAAAAUUCAGAUUUGAAAAAAUCAAGACUUUUUGAACAGAAAAAUGACACUGAAUAAAUUCUAAAUACCAAAUUUCCAGAAUUGACUUCCAAAUACAUUGCCUCCAGAAUAAAGGAAUAAAUCACGACAUUGGCAGAGUAUGGUUGCGGAAAUGGUGAAAAUACAGUUCAAUUUACAAAAUACUUAGACUUUGUAAUUGCUAUUGAUAAAAACACUAAUGCUUGUUUGUAGACCAAAUUAAAUUGCGAUCAGACUACCUUUAGUCAAGAUUUACCAAAUCCAAAAGUGGAAAUAAUUAAUGCGGACAUUUUCAAAUUAAAAAAGAAUCUUCCAUUUGAUAGCAUAUUCAUCAAUCCGACCAUCAACAAUGAUCAACCUAUCUGCAAAGAUAUCUUGAAAGAAUGUAGUCCGAAUCUUAAGGAGUUAUUAAACCUAAUAUCAGAUCAAAUAGAAAAUCUGAUCAUUCAAUUCCCAGCCUAAAUCGAUUACUCCUAAUUGCCCCUACUCUUGAAUAUAAACUAACAAUAUAGAAAUAACAAUAAAUAGCAAUCUUUCAUUGCUCAUUGCUCAUUAGAAAUUGAAAAAAUUUACAUCUAAGGCAAACACAUAUACAAUAUUGUGUAUUAUGGAAAAGUAGCUAACAUUUCAAGGGAUGAACUCAAAUAAUUAUUAACUAUGUAGAUGUCCAAUUCAGAAAUAAACAAGGAAGGAUUUAAUAAGGUCGUGGCUAAAUUAAAUGACAAAAUUGGCAGCUUAGACCUUAUAUAUGAAUUAUUACAAGCACAAAGUUAUAAAUAUAGUUUUGACUAAUUUCUAAUAGCUGUUUGUGAAAAAUAUAAGUUGGAUUAUAAUGAUUAUGCGUUUAUGUUAUAUCAGAAGCUAUCAAAAGAUUAUUCAUAAAAUACCUUCAAUUGUAAAUUAAGAGACUCAAACAAUGGCAUUCAGGAAUCACAGGAAUUUGGCUUUAGUCCAAAGUUUUCCUAUAGUUUGAAUGGGUUGUCAUAGAAAGAAGAGGAUUGCAUAGCAGAAAGCUCAGAUAACCUAGAUUUGAUCGGACUUAGUAACGGAAAAGCAAAUUAAUGUAAAUGA